GCUCUCCAUCAUUUCCAAUAUCCCAGUGUAGGAGAACCAGCAGAGGCAGAGAACUAAUGGGAACCAUGGGAAUACCACUACCCAACUGCAUUUGGGAACCAAUAUGUUGAACAUGGUCCGCAACAUGUCCGCCUGAGGGGAGCCUGUUCUGGGCGGUGAGAGACAAAUGGUGAAAAAUUAAAAGUAAAGCGACUCUCCCCUCAACGCACAGCCGAUUCCUCACCCCAACCCCCCACCCCUCCUCCUUCUCCCCUCCUGAGUCGGAUGGCUCCGAAUGACGAGCUGCAGUAAUGGAAGUCCACCCGCCGUUCAGCACCGUGGCCAUGAAGCAGCUCAAAGGGUAGGGUCUGCCGUGAGCUCGCCUCACCCUACCCACCCUGCACCCCCAUCCCCCAUCAGCUCCACCUGAGAGCACACUCCCACUCUGAAGUGAAUAUUCAUCAUCCUGAACCCUCCCUCCUAUCGCCACCUCGGCCACGGCUUUGGAAGACAAACAUGAUGCGCAUUGCGAAGACACUGGUUGAUGUCUGAUAUAUAUACCUCUGAGGUGUCGAGCGUAAAACCAGCGGAGCAAUGAAUGGCGGAAAGGACUGCGAGGCAGGAGAUGAGAGGCAGGCCGUCCCUGUCCAGGUCCCCAUUGGCUGGCAGCGCAAGACAGAGCAUGGUGGAGGGGUCGUGUACAUAAGUCCCAGUGGCUCGGUGCUGUCCAGCUUGGAGCAGGUGAGGACCUACCUGCUGACAGAUGGAACCUGCAAAUGCGGCCUGGAGUGCCCACUCAUCCUCCAAAAGGUGUUCAACUUCGACCCCGGGGCAGCUGUCAAACAGAGGACAGCGGAGGAUGUGAAAGCAGACGAAGAUGUCACCAAACUCUGCAUUCACAAGAGGAAGCUGCUGGCUGUGGCCACACUGCACAAGAGCAUGGAGACGCACCCGCCUCUGGCACUGACCAGUUCAGGAGGAGGGAGUCCAGCAUAG